AUGGCGACCCCAGAAGCAGAGGUCGAGGGAGUGGCGCGCGUUGACGAAAAGAGCUCCAGCGACCCCGAAAAGGUCUACUCACUGGAGAAGGGCCCCCAGGACGAUGUCAAAACCGGACAAUCGCCCGAGCUCCUCCCCGACUACGAGAACUCGAGCGACGUUGUCGGCAGCGCCGAUGAUCUGGUUACCCACGUCAUCCAGGUCGAGGAUGAUCCGAGCAUCUACCCCUGGACCUUCCGCAUGCUGUUCCUUGAUCUUCUACCGCAGGUCAUCUGCGUCUCGCAGGUCUUUUUGACCGUCAUCGCCUAUGUCCUUGGUGAGGGCAUGGCGUAUGCCAUCCCUCGUCGCGGUUGGAUUGGACGCCUUCUGAACCCGGGGCCGUUUAAUGCCAAGGAACAUGCCGCCAUUGCCCUGAUGGCCUCCGCGGCAUCUCAGUCGGCUUUGGCCACCGAAGCGCUGGCCGUGCAGCAGCUGUACUACGGCGGCUACCCGAGCCAUGCAGCCGGUGUGUUCAUCACUUUGUCCUCCCAACUCAUCGGAUAUGGCAUUGCCGGCUUGCUCCGUGACAUCAUUGUUCGCCCGACAAAGAUGCUCUGGCCGAUGACCCUCCCGAUCAGUAGCUUGCUCGAAUCUCUCCACAAGAACAAGCAGCAAUCCAAAGCCCGGUUGAAGGUU